GCAUUCAAAUCUCUACGUUCAUGUUUCUUUUCUGUUGCUUUCAUUUCCCUCCUGGUGCCCCCUGGCGGCCGUGUGGUGUACUGGCCUGAUAGUGGGGAACUGCACAGACUGAACAGCUGGUGUCAAACACAAGCUGUGGGAAUUUACACCAAGCCUUUAAUAUUCCUGUCGAUAUUCUGCAUUCCAGCACAGCAGCUAUUGAUUUUCCCGACGUAAGUGUCCCUUAGAAUCGCAGCCCUGCAUUCCAAAAAGGAAGACGAGUACUUCACCAUGAGCUCAGACGAUGGUGACAUGGAGAACCAGGCUGAGCUGGAAGAGAAGACGAGGCUCAUCAACCAGGUGUUGGAGCUUCAACAUACUUUAGAGGACCUGUCUGCCAGAGUGGACGCUGUCAAAGAGGAGAACCUGAAGCUGAAGUCGGAGAACCAGGUUCUGGGUCAGUACAUUGAGAACCUCAUGUCUGCCUCCAGCGUCUUCCAGACCACUGACACCAAGAGCAAACGAAAGUAAGGAGAACCUCGGAGAGCCUAGUCCUAGAACCCCACCCACACAUCCCAUAACCUGAACCCCAAACCGUUCUGGGUGACUGGACUCUAAAUUCUUCUUAAUACCGCCUGAGCCUAAAACAUGUUUCUGGGUCUGCAGAUAGGGGUAUGGGCUUAAUACGUGCAAUAGGAGGCAGUGAGUCACAUCCCAAUGUAGAGGCAAGAAGACAGACAGCAGGAGAACUGGAAGCUGUUGCCAUUCCUGGAAAAUCAAUUUGAAUACACAAACCCCCACUCACACAAGUAACAUUAGCAUUGAGACAGAUAUAUUAGUAACAUGGGUAUUAUAGUGGUAAUGCUAACAUUGACCACAGAGCCUGGCCAUUUUUGGCAAUAUUUAUUUAACAGCCUAAACACUCUGUAACAGUUUGAAUUGUCUUCUUUACCAGUUCCUGUGCAAUACAAUCCACCACCUUAUUAAAAUCCAGGGCUCUUAGCUACAUGCUAAUAGCUAAUUCUGCACCUGGAGCCUACAGUUUCAUUCUUGGGACAUUUGUCACGCUUCAUUUUUGCAGUUUGUGCAGCCAGUGACUCAAAAUCAACUCAAACAACAACAAAUCAACAUAAUCACAACAAUCAGCUCUCUGUCAUUUUAGUUUGAGUUUAUUAUCCCCAGAAGCUCACUUUGAAAUCUGUGCUAUAUAUAUUUGUUAUCAUGUCCAGAUCAUGCUGAGACUCUGGUUGUUCAUUGGCUUACAGAGAUGUUUGGAACUGGUGAUGAUACUGCUCUGCCUUCUCCACAACCCAGAACAAAACAACCCCACAACCCUGUUCACAUUUUUAUAUAGAGUUCAAAUGUUUACGUUAAACUUCCCCUUUCUCCUCGGGGCACAACGGCUCCGGCUUGAUCGAUCAUUUUUGCUGGUGGGAAGCUGGUGAGGGAUCAUGCCUUUGUCAAUGCACUAGAGCCUCCCAUUGGUUGGUCAGGGUGACACCGUGUGUUUAUCUACGAGUUAGCAAUGGCGAGGAGAAUUUGGCUGUUUCAAAUUAAGGAGAAAAAGUGGGGAAAUCCCUUUUUCCUUUAGUUAUUUAUUAGUCGGUAUUGCUACUGUUGCCAUAGGUACAGUAGAUCUGUUAGAACAUGGUUUUAUUGAGCCUUACUAAGUCCCACCCCUUUUGGGUCUGUGCUCCAAUCACAGUUUUUGAAGAUGGUUAAAGGAUAAGUGACAUAUAGUCACAUCUAAAGUUAGUUAGCUAAUGUUAGCAAGACAAUGCAUAACUAGCUAGCUAAUUUAUAUCUGUCGUUAGCUAGCUAGUUAUACCGGAAAGCUUUUCUUAGCAAAAAUCUAACUAGCUUGCUAAUUUACAUCAAUCGUUAGCCAGCUGGGUGUCAUGUGAUAUCUAUUGUUAGCAAAAUUCAAGCUAACUAGCUUGCUGAUUUACAUUAGUUGUGCUAAGGUCUUGCUAACAUUAGCAAACCUAAAAUGUGACUACCAUCUUCAGGAUGUGGUUGUCUUUUCAACAUAGAUUAGCCUAGCACAUAGCAUAUAUCUAAGUACAGGAAAGGAGGCAGUUGGCUGGUAUUCUGACUGAGACUUGCUCCACUGGAGCACAGAGCUGAAAGGGGUGGGACUGCUCAUAGCCUCUCUAAAGAGAGCGGGGUCUAAAGGCCCCUUUUGAACUUGUUUCGUCUUUGUCAUCUCAGUACAAUGUGACCUUUUUGUUGCCAUUUAGUUGCUGCUUCUUGCAAGUUGGGAGUAAAUGACACUACUUUAACAGUGACCGUCACUGUUGCAGUUUGAAAGUCUUGUGUAUGGGCUUACUGUUAAACUGGCAAAGCCUAGUUUAUCCUCUCAAUGAACCAGUGACGGAUACAGUAUACAUACUGUAUUUUAUGCAUAAAUGUUAAACAAACAUGUAUGAAGUCUUGAGAUAUCUUUAACCCUGUUGCAUUUGAACAUUGUUUACAUAUUGUUAUUGUUAUUUAGUUUGUUGCUCAUUUGAAAUGACGUUUGUUUAAUAAAGUGAUGAUCCUUUUUGAUGAAA